AUGGGUUGCGGAUUCAGUAAUGGAGUCGCAAUUAAUCUGGAGCGAUCCCAUCCGCUUUAUUAUGGUGAUGAAUGUGUUUCGGGUACGGUUCAAUUGAGUGUUAUCGAAGAAAAACUCAAAACACACGAAAUCUACAUUCAACUAGUUGGCGAAAUUGGUUAUACAACAACUCGUACUGUUUCGGAUGGUCGAGGUCAAACAACGACGCAUACAGAGUAUCAUCAUAUACCAUUCUAUACUUUGAAAAUUGUUUUUGCACAAUUAUCAGCGGGACAAGAACAACUUGUUUAUAAUCAGGGACAAUAUUCAUGGCCAUUUCGAUUUUCCUUAUCUGGCUCCCUCCCACCCAGCAUUAAUCUUCCGCAAUCGUAUCCUCAUGUUCGAUUUUACCUGCAGGUUGUGAUCGGAAGAGCAUGGUACAGACCAAAUGCAAGAGAAACAAGAUAUAUAACGAUAUUUCCACGUGUUAAUCUUGUGCAAAAUCCCCGGUGUUUGACAACAACUUUAUUCGGAAGUCAAAAUCGAAAAGAAAUCAGUCUGAAAGGUACUUUGAAUAAAAUUGGAUUCGUUCCUGGAGACGUACUAAUGUUAACAUUAGAAUUAUACAAUCCUCGAAGAGUACGUAUUCAAUGCAUUGACCUAUUACUUGUCGAAUCGUUUCAAAUUGCCUGCAAUUCACGUGAAUUAAUUGUAUUCGAAGUGACAUUACCCAACAUUAUCGAACGUAGUGAUGAAUACAUUCAAGAAAUACUUCCUGUCAAUAUUCCUUCGGUCCUCUUACCGCCUUCAUGUGAUUUUCAAAACGGUCUUCGUUCGGUUCCUAGAGUCCAUCUUCGUUAUUUUAUGAAAUUAGCUGUUAAAGUUCAAGGAAUGUUUACUAAUUUUCAUGUCGAUGUCCCGGUUAUAGUAGGAACUGAAUGUAUUGCAAGUCCCUUGGUUUCUUCACAAUUUAAUCAACAACACAUGAUUGCAGAUUAUGAUCUACCUCCUCCUUAUAGUUCUGUUGUACAGCAGAAUGUAAAAUAA